CUGUGUCCAUGGGAACAACUUUCAGUGUUGAAUACAUGACUAAGGAGGUUCUUCCAGAACAAAAUGGAGAGCUUGAGUCUACAGGCAAUGACCCUUUCUGAUGGGACAACAGCCUAUGUUCAGCAGGAUGCAGGUGAAGAGAAAUUAAUUGAAGGACAAAUGAUUGAACUUGAAGAUGGAUCUACAGCUUUUUUCCAACAAGUAACUCUGCAGAAAGAAUCGAUUACAUUUGAAGAUGGUCAACCUGUUGCGCUGGAAGAUGGCACCAUGGCUUUUAUACAUCAUACUCCUAAAGAGGGUUUUGACCCCAGCACCCUGGAGGCCAUCCAGCUGGAAGAUGGAUCCACAGCUUUCAUACACCGUUCUGUUCCUACGACCAUGGGUGGCAGCAUCCUGGCAGUGCAAGCAGAUGAGGGGCUGGAGGAAUUGGCAGGGAAGAAAAAUGAUGCUUUUGAUUUAGAUACUGAUACCACUCUGGAGGAUUACACCAGCAAGCAGGAUUUCCAGAAGGAAGAAGUGCAGAGCACUGGAAAUGGAUCAAGAACUCCUGACAAAGCUUAUUGUUGUAGAGUCAGUGGAUGUAGCCGCCUCUUUACCUCAUCCCACCAUUUGAAGGUGCACGAGCGUGUCCAUUCAGGCGAUCGUCCAUACCAGUGUGAUUUUACAAACUGUGGGAAAACUUUUGCUACAGGAUAUAGUCUAAAGAGUCAUAUGAGAACGCAUACUGGUGAGAAGCCAUACAAGUGCCAAGAAGAUUUAUGCACCAAAGCCUUCAAGACUUCUGGAGAUCUCCAGAAACAUACCCGAACACAUACUGGUGAGCGGCCCUUCCGAUGCCCUUUCGAAGGCUGUGGCCGCUCUUUCACCACCUCCAAUAUACGCAAGGUCCAUAUACGAACACACACAGGAGAGCGACCGUAUAUGUGCCCAGAACCCAACUGUGGAAGGGGUUUCACCAGUGCCACCAACUAUAAAAAUCACAUGAGAAUCCAUACAGGGGAGAAGCCAUAUGCAUGCAUGGUACCAGGCUGUGGAAAAUGCUUCACAGAAUAUUCUAGUCUCUACAAACACCACGUAGUUCACACACAUUGCAAACCAUACACUUGCAACACCUGUGGCAAAACCUAUCGGCAAACUUCUACUUUGGCAAUGCAUAAACGUACUGUGCAUGGGGAGCUGGAGGCCAUGGAUGACAGUGAGCAAGGUCUCUAUGAACAACAGAUGGAAGAUACCACAGUGAAUAACAGCCUGCCUCCAUUGAAAGGUCAAUGUAUUGUUUCUAUGAAGAUGGAAGAUGAAGUGCAGGAAGAUUCCAUGCCAUCAGCAGCAGCUCUAGUUUCUCAGGAUGGUGUAGAACAAGUCAGAAUAGUAACUUCUGGGACACCAGUAUCUGAAGAUUCAUUCAAAGCCUAUCUAUGAUCACCACUUGACAGUGCUAGCAAUAACUAAUAGUAUUCAUGAUGCUGUUCAGGUAGACACAUGCUAUUUGGAGUUCCUAUCACAAUCAUGGAUAGUAUAUAAAAAAAACUAAAUGUAAAAUACUUAAGCAUUAAGCAAUAUAACCAUAAAUUGUUUUAACACCUAUACCUUUUUAAUAAUGUAUUGAAAAUAAUAUAAUACCUUCAUAAUUAAGCCACAAGUUGACUUAGUAUUAGCUGCCAUCUAAAAUAUGGAUAUAGCAUGAAGUAUUCUAGAACAGUGGUGGUGUUGGUUUCCACUGGCAGGGGGGGCUGCUAGGAAAAAAAUUCUCGGGAACAAAGUUUUUUUUAUUAUGAUUUUGAACUAAGCCGUAAUAAGAGAGGUUUUAGUUCUCACUGACCAUCCCCACCAGUGUAAGGAUGGUCGGCACAGCUUCACUUCCAGAUCUGCCGCUGCUGCCUCCUGCUUCCCUGUGUGGUUGGCCAGUCAAGGAGCUCAGAGGACAGCCACCGCCCCUGUUAGAACCACUGUGUAGACAGGGCCUGCACAGGUGAGGGCUCCUUUCCUGCAGUCCCGGGUCCAUCUCUGCUCACACCGAUGGGGCUGCACUGCGGAAGGGAGAUGGUGGUUCUGAUUCCCCCCUGCUAGCUGCCCCCCCCCAAGCCAGACCUCACCUUCCCCUAGCCGGGAUCUGAUGACCUCCACCCUCCUUCCCCCACCCCAGCUGACCCCUCCAAGUAGCCCAGCCUGACAAAGAUGGAGGGAAGGCGAGGCAGAGAACCAAUUGUUAAAAUAAUUUUAAACCCACCACUGGUCGCUUCUAAAGGCCGCUCACUAACUCUCCUGCCAAAACUGCUUCUUUUAUAGGUUCCCUCACCCCGCCCAGCUCUCGCAGCUCUUCCCGAACUGCGCAUGCGUGGAGGGGGAGGGGAGAAGCCCAGCAACCGCGUGCGUGCCCAUAGGGACGGCUCUGCGUGCCGCCUGUGGCACGCGUGCCAUAGGUUCACUACCACGGUCCUAGAAAUUUCUAAUAAUUCACAUUUUUACAUUUCCAAGCUCAAUUACAGUAAUAAGUUGAGGACUAUCUGUAUAUAAACUAUAUUUGAUAUUGCUCUUAAUAUGAGGCAGAUCAAGUCCUGACAAAUGUAAAAAAUAACCAAGCAGGAGGACACAUUCCGUCAGCUCCCUAUAUUUCAAGGAUAAAAUCUUUGUGCACGAGGGUUCCCCUCAGAUCUUCCUUUCAGCACACAUAAGGAUUAAAUGUAUAAUUUGGCUUGAUAAAAGCAAACAGAUAGUUCAUUUAACUUAAACUAUUUGAAUAGAAGGCAUAAUUAUAAUUAAUUUUUUGAUCAUUAGUACAAUGAUUUUGCUUCAGCUAUUAAUUCCUACAGAGAAAUAUUCUGUUAUCCUUCACUUGAUGAGAAGUGAAUCAAUUUGAUAACCUCUUUGAAGCAAACAAUAUAGCAACAGAUCUAGGUGGCAAAUUUUGGGGGCUAGCAGCAUACUCCAAAAGCUGUUAAAACUAUUGCUUGAGAGUUCAAAUAUUUACAGUUUUUAGUUGCAGUUCUAAAAACAUAAUAUUUAAGCCAUAAUAUUAUUGCAAAUGAGGGUUUAGUUUUAAGGAGGCAUUAUCUAGUUUCAAAAAGGACUGCAGCUUGGGAUAUUUAGAGGGUGUCUCAGGAAUUUCAUCUGUAAAUUGGUUAGAUUGUUGGAGUUUACCUGAAUUCAGAUUUUUAGUGAAACACAAGUGGAAUAUGAGCUAAUGUGCAAAGCAUCUGCUGAAAAGACAAAUGGCAUUUUUGAGGAUGGAUUAUCAGGAGCACAGAUUUCAAAUCCUAGGAAAUUAUUAUAUCCCCCUGCUCUACAUUUGGAAUUAGACAUCUAAUUCUGGGCACAAGACAAGGCAAUUGGAAUCCAAGUUCAGUGAGGAAAGUUUAAAGCACGGGUGUCAAACUUGUCACGUCAUGUGACGUGUCGCCACGUAUCACGACUUUUUUUUCAUUGCUGGAGUUGGGGUGGGCGCAGCCUCCUUAUGAUGCAACCAGCCUACAGGCUGGCAGUUUGACACCCCUGGUUUAAAGAAAUUGAGAAUCUUUAACAUGCAGAAGACAAGACUUAUGGGACAAGUGAUAGCAGUCUCCAGAUAUUUAUACUUUGUGGCAUAGGAUGUCAGGACAACUACCAAUAGAUUAAAGCUUCAAAGAAGUAGAUUCAGGUUAAGAUUAUUAAGAAUUUCCUGAAGAUAAGACAGUAAACCAUAAAGUAAGUUGCUAAAGGCAUAAACUUGGGCUGUAAGACCUUGGAGAUUCCUACAAAAUCAGGAUUCUAUAAAAUCUCCAUAUAGUAAAGUUCACUGGAUUUACCCAUAUUCUAAACAUGUUUGCCAACUGGGUCCGCACAUAAUGUUAAGCCAUGAUAUAUUCAAUAAAUUACAGUUGGCUAGGUUUACAUUACACAUAGCCAUCCUGAUUGAGAAUGAUGAAAUUGAGUUUCAAUACACUGCAAGACAUUAGAAUGGGAAAUGAUUUGCAUGUAGGCAUGCAAAAUAUUAUUAAAACUGAAUGAUAUACAUCUUGUGUUCCUCAAAUAUAUCUUUUUAUAGUAUUUUCCCACUCUCCUUUUUUAUAUUUCCACAUAAUUCAGUAUGUUCUUUUCUUUGCUUCCUCCUUGCCUUACUUCUACUUCUGCAUGUGUUCCAAUAAUAACCACUAAUAAAUAGCAGCUCUUGUGAGUUUAAACAGUUUAUAUAAAGCAAAGCCAGAAACUGUUAAUUUGGCAUUCAAUGGUUUUGCUUUAAAAUAAAUUUAGCACAUUUGUUCUUUUUCAUCAUAUUCCUUUCUACCAAAACCAAGUUGCUUUCUUUCACAUCCCUACUUUAUCUUAGAGCCAGUUCACGCCACAGACUAACACUAGGUCAGAGUGGAAGCCUACAGCUAAAUUUAUCUUUUUGAAGAAAAUGCCAGCUCAUUUGGAAAAGGCAAAUGGUUCUUACUGCAUUGCAGGACUGAUGAAAAAAGGAGUCAAUCUCCACUUUCAUCCUUCAUUUAAAAAAGUUAUUCUUUUAAAACAAAAUAAACUGCAGCUACUAUAUUAGGUAAUCAUGGCUAUGUGAAGGGGUUAUUUGCUUCUGGUGUGUUUGCCUCUUAUGCAUUAUAUACAUUCUUUGAGCAGAUAUAUUUUAUGAGAAGCCAUUUGAGCAAUACUUUGUAUUUAUCUCCUUACCACAUACAAUUCUAUUAAAUGAAAUAUGUUUGAAUAUAUGGAUCAUUUUUGCUUCACCUAUGCAUCAUCUGGUCUCUUCCACCUAGCAACUCCCAAAUGUAGUUUUGACUACUAAAGAAUGCAAAGAGAUUGUUGAAAGCAUUAUUGGCCCAUCUUUCACACUUUCCUGAGAGUAGUACAAGAGUGUUGUACAAAUUACUUUGAAAAUUGUGAGAGUGUUCAAAGAAAAAGUUACGGAAUCAAUCAGAAAUCAUUUUUCUUCCUUAACUCAUUCCUACUUGUAUUUUUUAUCACUCCUCCAAUUGCAGGUUCAAACCAAUUUGAAUGUUUGAAAAUCAUGUCUUAUCAUUUUC